AUGGCUUCCUCAUCACGUUGUUUUCCUUUGCCAGGCUCUAAUUCAUCAUCUUCUUCAUCAAAUAACCCUGUUGACGCAUUGAUUCAACAUAAUCAAGAUGCCUUUAGUUCAAUUUUAAAUUCAGUGAACCUAGAGAUAGUAGAGCAAGUCUUUAAACCGCGUAAGAAGCGGUACAUUCAUUGUGAUAGAGAGGGAAGCCACCAUCAACUAAUGAAAGACUACUUUGGCAAAAAUUGCACAUAUCCACUGGAGUACUUUCAUAGACGAUUCAAGAUGCGACGAGAACUAUUUCUUUAUAUCAUGAAUGAUGUUAAAGCUUAUGACGACUACUUCAUCCAAAAAAGGGAUGCAACAGGUCGUUUGGGGUUAUCUUUUAUACAGAAGAUGACAACUGUAAUACGUAUACUCUUAUAUGGUUGUGUAGCCUAUCAUUGUAAUAAGUAUAUUAAAAUCGGUGAGAGAACUGCCAUUGAAACCCUGAUGACAUUUUGUAAAAUUGUUUUUGGUGUGUACGGGGUAGAGUACAUGCGCCCACCCAAUGAAGCAGAUACAGCACAAUUACUUCAAGAAGGGGAGGAAAGAGGAUUCCAGGACCAUCCCGCACCCAACUACAGCAAAAGAAAAACUUUUUGCUCACAGACAAGAGGCUGCAGGAAAGAUGUGGAACGAGCUUUUGGGGUCUUGCAGAUAAAGUGGGCAAUAACACAAGGACCAGUGCGUUUUUGGGAUAAAGGGGACUUAUGCCUUAUAGUGAAAACGUGCAUCAUCCUUCACAACAUGAUCAUUGAAGAUGAGCACCAUGCCAAUGUUGGAAGAUGGACUCCGCCACCUGAGGAAACAAUCUCGAUUCCCACUUUAAUUCGAAAUCCAUUGGUCUUAGCGGCACACAUCUUCUCUCGCCAAGUCCAAAUUCGCAACAAAGAGACAAAUACGCAAUUAAGGAAAGAUUUAAUAGAAGAUUUGUGGAGCCGUUUUGGUGAAGAAAACAUUGCAUUUAUUUAUUUUUAA